AUGUCGUCGGUUCUGCGGCAGCCACUCGAUCUGGAUCCUCUUUCAUUAGUCCGGCCGCGGCUCAGGGUACGACUGACCUGGUUGGGACCUCGUCCCGUUCAGUGGAAUAUAACGCACGUGAUUCCGACCUGUUCGGCUCCGAAGAUGACGAUGAGGACCCCAACUACCUUGCGGCGUUAG